AUGGUCUCCGCUUCCACGUGGUCUUCUUUCAGUCCAUACUGGCCUUCGGUGGUCAAAAGCGUACCUACGUUCACCCUCUUCGCUGAUGUGGCCACUCGGAGCGCCAAACUACGCAGCCUGAAGUUGCCAUGGGCAGACACAUAUUCCCUUCUCAAUGCCCCAAUUGCAAGUCCUGAAGCCACUCAGUGCAUGAAGUCCUGGCACACAGCCUUGCAAGAAUCGAAGUCAACCCUCAAGCAGCUGCGCGUCGACUUGAAGGGCUUCGGCGAAGCGGAAUGCGACACUUUCUUCCACGCAAUCGCCAACAAUGAAUCUCUGCAGUCGGUGGAAGUCGACACUUUGCCAUUCAUCGAUGGGCUGGACAGGGUCUCCAAAACUAUUCUGGGUCGAGGUCUGAACGAUCGAGUGGUCAUCAAAGGACACUACGAGCACAGCAACGCGAACCAGCUGCUGAAAUGCCCGCAAAUCAGCAGCGUUGCGGUAACGGUGGGGGAGUUCGUUUCACGCCAACGUGUCGGCCUGCAGUCAGUUAUCUCGACUCUAGAAGUGGUCGGUAGCUCCGGUAACGUAACGUCACUCCUGGUUGAGUGCGAUAGAUUCAAUCGCGACGAAUUAUCUGCCUUAGCGGCAUGCCUAAGGGACGCGGCUGUGCUCACUGAUGUCGACAUAAACCUGAGGGGCGUUUUGGCUGUCUUAUCAGAAAAGGAUCGCACGGAUGUGCGGGCGGAACUAGUGUCGGCGCUGGCCUCCAACCUCAAACUUGUCAAAGUCGGCAUCAAAGGCGUGCUGCUGUCCAAUGACGACUUGAACGUCCUCGCACAUGGUGCCAGCAAGAGUCUCAGCCUCACCGAAUUCACGAUGACUCCUGCCUGUUGUUACAUGAUCCCAAAUGCCAAGCCUUGUGAAGCCCAGCAAAGUGGUUUUCAGCACAAGCACAAUGCCUUAAUGGAAACAUUCAGCUUCAAGAACAUCGAACUUGCAGACGUUCUGCAAGCGACCAUACGGAAUGCCUCCACCGUCUCGGUGACUUCACAAUUCGUGCUAGGUCAGCAAGAUACCUUGGACGGCGCGAAUGCCAUCGAGCUGAUACACGACCAUCCACGUCUCCUCGAAAUGGUGAUCGAAGGUGCUGACGUCACAAGGACCAAAGCUAAAGAGAAGAUCAGCAGUGCUCUUUUGCGUGUGUACCACUGUAGCCUUGAUGAGUUUGAGAAUCGCAGGCGUCGUCAAGGAGAGGGUGGAGUGCCUGCGUCAUCCCAAUGCAAGGCGGCAGCUCUCCGACAUCGACCACUAUUCUUGGCUACACAUUCGCCGUUUCCUGAAGAUAAGGGAUGUUGUCAACAUUGAGCCGGUGUCGGUUAAUCAAAACGGUGCAUGGGCUUUUGAAUGCGAUUAACACAGCAUAAAUAAAACACCUAGCAAUCUCCUGAGCAGGAAUUUGCGCAGUGUGAGUACAAGUGGCGCCCAAGAAAUAAAAUUUGGAAAAAAAAAUAGUGCCCUUACACAUGGUAAAAGGAUAAGCAGCGAAGCUGUAGGGAUGACCGCCUUGACGACUGUAUUGAUUCACAUGGUUAUUGCUAUAUUGGUUGAAG